AUGGCUGGCGACGCUCACGAGAUGAGCAUGAUUGACAUCGAGCGACUCAUGUCGACGACAGAGGAGGUGAGACGGGCGAGAGCAGAUGUGUCGGAUGCACUGGCCACCAGCAUUCCCGCGCUUCGGGAGCGCUUGACGGCCAUUCGGCAGCUCAGCACGCUACAGACCCAGUCUUCUGCUGCAGCUUCGGCUCUUCGCAGCGCAACUCCGACUGUCAACGGCCUCAUCGACGAGGCUGAGAGCUCGAACGAUGCUAUACAGUUGGCCUUGCGAUCACAAGAGAGUGGUCAGCUGUCGCUUGACGACACCAUCAAUGUCGUUCGUGACGCGCUGGCCAACACUCAAGACCUGCUAUCACGAGCCAGGCUGUCUCUUCAAGAAGCCAUGACCGUCACCGAACGACUCGACCGUGUCAGCAUGCUACUCUCGAGCGAGGACAGACGUCUGUCGACUAUCGAGACCGCUGCUGCACAUCUGGCGCAAGCAACGACUGUUCCGAUCGUCGAAGAGACGACGCCGACGAGUGCAUCGCAUGCUUGGUUGCUCGCUAGCGCUGCAGACCAGCACGAACCGCAAGAUAGGACCGCAGACACGAUGACCCGUUCGGAGGAAAGCCAAAGAAUGGAGAACAGGCGAGCGCAGAUCAUGCGGGAGAUGAGCGCACUUCGUUCGGCAUCGCGCGUGCUCGGUGAGGCGAGCACCUCGGCUUACUCUUCCGCUUCCGUCUCGCCAAGUCCAGAGACAAGCAGACUCUUGCCGGCAAGUCAAGACCUUCUCUCAGCCUCGCCGCAGCCCGUACAGACUUCGUUCGAGCGUCUCGCUUUGCCCGAGCUUUGGCAAGCACAAGAGACGAGCGAACAGCAAGAGCCUCCGCACACGCCCACUCUGCCGCGGCGGCGCCCGCUCGUGGCCCCCACUCGUCGCUAUGCUAUCAGCGAGAGUACGCCUCCCGAGACUCGACAGAACUCUAGUCGUCGGCUCCUGGAUCUCCUCGAACGCGAUCGCGAGCUUGGUGAACUCACACGCCUCUCUUUAUCCAGCCUGAGCGGUGAAUACCAGCCGAUUGGAUCGUCAGCCGGCUUGACGAGAAGGCAUGCAACGCGAAGCCGGAGAUCCUAUGUGGAUGUACUGCGCGAGCCGCCUCUCAGCGAACGCGAGAGCAUGGACAUCGACCCAGAUGCUUCCGACCUCGACGCGCCCUGCCAUCGCUACGCUUCACUGACUUUGGUCGACCCCGAUGGCGCGAGAAUCGGUCGAGCUCUGUCAAGGUCAGACAGUGCAGGAACAGACCACCUCUCUCAGGAUCCUUUCUAUAAUACCUAUGACGAUCACGUAGGCAAAGUCAAUGCUCAGCGCGUCGCUGUCGCAAAAGGCCCGAGCCAUGCUUUCACAAGCGCACAUGCAGCGCUAGCUGCCGACGCCAAGCAUCGAUCUAUCCUAGCUGAGCACGUCAGGCUUCCAACUCGGACCAUGUCGAACGACGGCGUGCCGAGUUUGGCGGGAAUACCUCUCAAAUACAUCAGCUUGGUGACCCUGACCGUGCAGAACUCGACGCUGGCCAUUCUGAUACACUAUUCUCGCACGGCACCUGGAGCCAGACCCUAUUCGACCGCCGCUGCUGUCCUUCUGGGAGAGAUUCUCAAGGGCGUCAUCUCGCUCGCCGUCGCGCUCGCAAACACGUACACCCAUCUCGACGCAGCUCCUUAUGGCUCAGGCAGCGCGGCAGGGCAUUAUGCCAGUCCAGGAGCACCCUUGAAGCGAAGGAUAAGCAAUCAGAUUCAGACCAUAGAAUCCAGCUCGAUGCGCUAUCUCAAGCUACUGCCGAGUAAAUCUGCAGGCUUGUUCAAGGAUGUCUUCAGUGAUGAUUGCUGGAAACUGUCCAUACCGGCCUUGCUGUACUACAUUCAGAACAACUUGCAGUUCGUGGCCGCAUCAAACCUCGAUGUCGCUACCUUUCAGGUCACUUAUCAGCUCAAAAUUCUCACGACCGCGCUUUUCAGUGUCGUUCUACUCCGUAGAAGGCUAUCGCUCUCCAAAUGGCUCAGCCUCGUCGGACUCGGCGUCGGCGUGGCGAUCGUCCAAUUGCAGACUGCGCCUGCUUCGAGCCAUCACGAUGACAGCAUGAACCCGCUCAAAGGCUUCAUCGCCGUCUCACUAUCCUGUCUGACAUCCGGUCUCGCCGGCGUGUACUUUGAAAUGGUCCUCAAAGGCUCCAAAGCGGAUCUCUGGGUCAGGAACACCCAAUUGUCCUUCUUCAGUUUGCUGCCCGCGCUGCUGCCCGUUGUCGCACCUUCCUUCACGCUGUCGUCUCUCUUCGAUGGUACGGCGGCGCCUGCGCUAUCUGCAACUGCCAAGCCGGUCGUCGCAGGCCUGUUCGACAAUUUCGGAUUCUGGGCGAUCGCUACCGUGCUGGUGCAAGUCGCCGGUGGACUCAUCACCGCCCUCGUCAUCAAGCAUGCCGACAACAUCCUCAAGGGCUUUGCAACAUCACUCUCGAUCAUCAUCUCCUUCAUUGCGGGUGUCAUGCUGUUCGAUGCGCCCGUGACGACAUCUUUCGUCGUCGGAUGCGGCAUCGUCCUCUGCGCGACAUACAUGUACAACGCGCCUUCGCCAGGCAGCAGCUCUUCCGGCUAUGCCCCUGUUGGGGCAGCACAGCGACGAGAAAAGUCAUCACCUGAUCAGAGUGUUCAUAGCUCAUCUGAGAAAUUCCAAGGACAUCAGACGCUUGACAUUGCGCCCGGACACCAUGGCCACCUUUUCUCGCCCCAGCCGCAAGUCAGGCGAACCGGUCUGAGUAAGAUUUUGACGAAUGGCAUCAAUCAGAAUGGUGGCAUCGAUUCGCCGCUAGCCCGGCAGAGCCAGAACAGCAGUCUCAUCCUCGAAAAUCUCAACCCUGUGCAGCCAGAGCGCCCUCUCCAUCCUGUCAGACGGAGAUCUCUAUCUCAGAACCUCAACCAGUCCAGAGGCGGCUCGCCGAUGCGAGACGCCCAUUCCCCUGGUCCGGGCUCACCGAAGCCAUCGAGCGGUCGCUUUUCAUGGCUGUCAAAAGACUCUACACAAGGGAGCUCGUCAAGGAAAUCCUCCUUCGGCGACACGGGCUCGGGCUACAAUGGUUUGACGAUGCCACACAAUGAUUUAGCACAAUAG